GUUGCUGUCGUUUUCGUUCCUGGAAAAAAAAUAAAUGUCGGCUGGCUUUUAUUCAUGCUGUUUUUGAUAUAACAGUAGCUCACUCAUCAGCCAUUAUAUGCAAAGGCGAAGUUCUCGUCACUUUAUUGCGUUACUCAUACCUGAGUUGUUUUUUUUUUCUUUUAGUGAUUGACUGUGACCAUCUUCACAAUGACAAUCUCAGUCUCGUCCUCGCCCCUGUGGCGGGCCAGAAUACCGUCAGCCUGCACGAGGAACAGGUCUUCGUCUUUCCGUUUGCUAUUGCCACAUGGGAAAACAAGCAGAGCAGCAUUUGCAACUUUCUCGUCCUCUCCAACACUGCGAAAAGCGGCAACGGCGUCAUUCCCCGGAGCGCAGCAACUCUCUUGGUUGUUUGCGGCCAACAGAAGCGGAGCAGCAAGUCACCUAGCCCCUACAGCAACGAGAACCACCUCAUCCUCAAGCCAGCUGGUGGAUUACGACACCUCUACAACUCCAUCCGGAGGACUACUACAUGCAGCUGCAAGUGGUCCGAAUCAGCUUCAAAUAAACUACCCAACCGCACAGCAGCUCGCGGGCUUUCUCCCAAAACCCGAGCCGAUUCUACAGAAACCGAAAAAGAAUUACUUCACGGCGAAAAUUCUCUUACUGUUUUUCCUCUGCCACGCAGUACCGGUGGCAGCUGCGAUCAAAUACUUCCGGAAAAGGAAGCUGGAAAGAAUCGCGAACUCUUUGAUGGUCAUACCUGACAACCCACAGGCAGUGGUCGAGGAAGUUUUGCGUACUGAUGAGUUCUUGAUUUGUUUCUGGAUUGAGUGAAUGCAACACUGGAAGAUAGAUCUGUAUAGGUGGGCCGACAUGAAUUUCAGAAUGAUGAGCAGUACCAAAAGUGGAAGUGCAUCUGUGCUGUGCGAACCGCUUGUCUCGAUGAAAUCUCAUUGCGGAAUACAAAACAGGUGUGAUGAACUCUUCCCAAGACGUUUUCCUCGUCGCACCCACGAAUAAUUCAAACCCAACUUCAACGUCUGGUCCUGGUGCUCGCCGAAGCGCCACGGCAAAUGCUAUCCAGCUGAAACGCGUGAAGCCUCUCCCCCCAGAGUCGCAGCGCGUCGUACCACAGUCACAGGAGACUUUGGAGCAGCUCCAGACCUUUUCCGAGCCACUGACGUCCGACAUCGCAACGUUGUUUUCCCAUACGGUGGACGUGAAUCAGCCAAAGAGGGCGUUCAGGCAAAUCUAUUUCUGGAUGAGUCUUGAGAACAACGGGAUGAGCGAGAAUGAAAAUGAAACUAUAUUAGCAUCUUCCAGCGGACCCGGACCAACGAAACAAGCCGCCGUUAGCAGUAAAACUGUUUCCGCCCAGCUCCCGGCCGACCGCCAAGGCGCUUUGUUCUACCCGAGCACUCUGCGACAGGCGUCUUGCACGUUAAACGGGCGAUUAGUCGUGGUGGAUGACUCUGAGCUGGUGGAUUACUACAGACUGAACUAUUCCAGAAGUAGCGGAGGAACUUCAUCUGAGACGGACAGGGGCUCUGUAGUUUUGGUGAAAUUCAUUCCGAACCAGGUGGAAUUGAGGGCGUUUGGACACGUUGCGGGCGGCUAUCUUAGUGAUGAUGAUGCUGCAAACGUCGGUAUUGAGGACGCGGACGGGGUGGAGCAACAUCAAAAAAGUUCUGAUGCCGGUUGUAACGCACAAGAAAAUCAUGUUCAGAAACAUGGUCGAUUCAUCGAGAACAGUGUGCAACUGGUCCUGAACACCAGCAACGCCGGCGGUAUGGACAGCUCCAGCUGGGAGCUGGUGAGGUGAACAGGAAAUCGAGAAACAGCCGUAAUUCUUACGAACGAACACUUGCAGAUAUCGAAUCGUACCGUACGAACUGCCUCUCCUCUGUGACAGCUGCAUAUCUGCAUCGCAAGAUGCGUUUGCGGGCAACCGUCUUUCUUGUUCGACUUUUAUGGCGCA